AUGGGCUCGAGUAUUAGCCGCCCCUGCUCUUCUCCUCGGGCUGGGCCCCACCGACGCCGUCGCCCGUCGAUCAGGCGCGCUCUCUCCUCUUUUCUCGUCUGUGGUGCCACCUCCUCAUCUCGUGAGAUAGAAGAUUAUCCAGCUGAAUUGCUGGUACAUACUGAUGAACAUGAAUGUGGACAGAAGUUGAGAUUCCAAAGAAAAAAUUCUGAUUUAUCCUUGGGAAACAGGAAUGAUUUGAUUACCAUUAGAAGUGAAAAUGUGGUCUCAUCUAAAAGAUAUUCGGCUGCCCAUGAGAAUGAUGCUCCAGAAAGUGGUGUGAGAAAUGUCGACUCUGCAAACAAAGGUAAAUGUUUGUCUGAAAGUAGAGAGUUGAUUCUUCCAUACCAAUCCACCAGCAGUUCCAGAUUUUACGAAAAUGCUAGCACUUCGUACGUAGAUCAGCCGUCGUCUUCUUCUCGUGUUUCUGCAAACAGUUGCAACAUGAAUGGGUUUCCUAAAGUUGGUGAUAAACUAAAAAAUUCAAGCAGCAUAUGUCAAGGUCACAGGGUACCUUCAUUGGACGAAGCUUCUGUUGGAAAUAAUGCCCUUGAAGAAGUUGAUUGCUCUAAUUCUGAUUUUUGUACUUCUUCUGUUGUUACCAGUUCACCUGUUGACUUCCGUUUGCUGAGGGAUGAUACCCUUCAGGACGUAACAACAUCAGGUUUAGGGUUUUUGGUGUCGGACAUGGAACAAAGUAGACAAGACCGGAGUCUAUUGCAUGUUGAUGUGGUGAGUAUAUCCUCAAAUAUAUUACAGUCUAAUUCUGCUGAAACAAGCAGUCGAGAAGCGAGAAGGAAUAGCAGGAGGUUAUUUUGGGAUGCUUUCGCAAGACGCAAUUCUAGGGGUCAUACAGAUUCCAGAACAUUUUCGUUCUCAUCAGCAGAUUCUGAUAAUGUGAGACCUCAUGACAGAUGCCUCCUUGAUUUAAGUGGUGGUUCCCUUAAUGAUGAAGUUGGUGGAGAUUUUAGUCCUCGUGAUAGUAGAACUCCAAGCAGUAAUGAGCAAAGAUGGAAUUCGAGAUCUGAGAUUUGGGAAAGACUUGGUGGAGGUCUUGAUUCAACCGACCAUUCAACUGCAGCCUGCCCUAGAGGUAUCCAUACUGGUGGCUCAUGCUCAUGCCUUUCCAGUUCAUCAGCAGAGGAGCCUGGAACACGUGCCGGCAUUUCUCGGAUAGUCAUGCUUGCUGAAGCAUUAUUCGAGGUACUUGAUCAAAUUCACCAACAGCCAAUGUCACUUUCCUUAUCUAUGGUCUCACUUCCUGCUCAAGAAUCUGUCGUUAACUCUUUUCCCGUGAAGACCCAUCGAAAGACAGAAAUGAAAUCUGCAGAUGAUGUUUCACAGUGCUAUAUAUGCCUGGCCGAGUAUGAAGAUGGAGAUGAAAUACGAGUUCUGCCAUGUCUCCAUGAGUAUCACAUGUCAUGUGUGGAUAAAUGGCUUAAAGAGAUACAUGGUGUGUGCCCGCUCUGCCGAGGAGAUGUUCGUGAGGGUUUCAUAGAGGACUCUAUUUCUAACUGA